AUGUCACCUCAAUCGUCUCGCCUGACCAACUACAUCGCCUUCUCUAGGCAAGAUGGCUCAACCCCGCAGAUUGGCCAUCUCGACCAUGCUCAGCAAACUAUCCAGCCCCUGGCCUUUCUCUCGGGCACUCCCGUGGAAAACUUGUACCAAGUCAUCGAAGUGGGCACCCAAAACAUCACGGCAUCAAUCGACCCUCCUAUUCCGUUGAAGGAUGUGAAGGUUCUCCCUCCAAUUUCAGGCCGCGACGUCCUGGCAGUAGGCAAGAAUUACAUGGAGCACGCCAAAGAGUUCAACAGCUCAGGAUACGAUAGCUCUGAUAAGGUCGAUAAGCCCAGCCACCCUGUGAUCUUCACCAAGCGCGCAACGUCCAUCAUUGCCGAUGGCGAAGAGAUCCUGCUGCACAAGGGUUUCACUGAGAGCGCCGAUUAUGAGGGUGAGAUUGGUGUCAUUGUCGGAAAGGCUGGGUUUCGCGUUAGUGAGGCGGAUGCGUGGGACUAUGUCUGGGGCUACACUAUCAUCAACGAUUUGACGGCGAGAGAAAGACAGAGAGACCACAAACAAUUCUACAUCGGCAAGUCUCCCGACACGUUUUGUCCCAUGGGCCCUGUAGCAGUGCCCAGGGAAGACUUGCCGAAGACUCUUCGCAUCCAGACUCAUGUGAAUGGAGAGCUGCGCCAGGAUGCCACUACAGAGGACCUCAUCUUUUCAAUUCCCCAUCUGAUUAGCACAUUGUCUGCUGGAACGACUCUACAACCUGGUGAUGUCCUCGCCACGGGAACGCCUGCAGGAGUUGGCAUUGGACGUAAUCCUCCAGUCUUUUUGUCGCCUGGAGAUGAAAUCGCAAUCUCCAUUGAUGGCAUUGGGAAUUUGAAGAACAGAGUGGCAGACCAUUCCGCAGCCAACACGACCAUCGAGCGACUUUCUGCACAGUCAGCUCUCAAGCCCAACAACGCCGCAAGAUCGAUUCAAGGCAGAUCAGGACUGACAAAGAUCAACGAAAAGCCGUUAAACUAUCAGAGAACGGGAGCCGGAAAACAAAACAUUAUCUUUGUUCACGGUCUUGGCUCCUCGAAAGAGUAUUGGACACCCUUGACCAUGACACUUGACCUGAAGGAUGCAUUCACGGCGCACAUCUUCGACUUCGAAGGCCACGGCCUCAGCCCGACCCAUCCGCUCAGCACCAUCACCUUUGAGUCGUUGGUUGCUGAUUUGCUUGGCAUCUUCGAAGUUGCGGGGGUCUCUGCGCAAUCUCCUGCCGUUUUGGUCGGCCACUCAAUGGGAUCCAUCAUUUCCGCCAAAUUUGCCAUCGAGUAUCAGUCUCUUGUUAAAAAGCUUGUGCUCAUGGGGCCGCCGCCUUUCCCUCUUCCGGGGAUGAUAGUCAAAACUCUUUCCACGACGAUUGCCAAGGUCAGGAGCGAGGGGAUGGACAUCAUCCUUAAAUCUCCGUCGGGGCUUUCGGAUCACACGAUCAAAACUAAUCCUCUCGCUGCUGCGGCGGUAAGAUUGGGUUUCCUUGGUCAAGACCCCGAAGGGUAUGCGAAGGCAACAUCCGCUCUGGCCAAUGCCACGGAGGGUUUGGCCCUUGAGAAACUGGCAGUCGAGACGCUGGUUAUUUCUGGACAAUAUGAAGCAGUCUCGCCCGAGAUCCGACAAAAGGCGUACGUUGAGAAGAUCAGCAAAGCUAAGCAAAUUGUACUGCCUGAUGUGGGCCACUGGCAUGUAUUUGAGGAUGUGCAAGGAGUCGUGCAUAGUCUCCAAGACUUCUUGAAGUGA